UUGUUGGCAUGCAUUCCGGCAGAAGCGUUCACAGAGAAUGGUUAAUACUUUGAGUGAAUAAUAAAAAAAUCCUAAUAUUAUAAAAAUGACGAGCAAUCAGUAUUUGACACUCAACAAUGGCUACAAAAUGCCUUUGAUUGGCCUUGGCACUUGGCAGGCAUCCGGCGAGGAGGUUGAAAAUGCCAUCGAUGCAGCUCUCGAGGCGGGUUACAGACACAUCGAUACUGCUGCCAGAUAUGGCAAUGAGUCGGCGAUUGGAAAGGUGCUCAGACGUUGGUUGGACGCCGGCAAGGUGAAGCGUGAGGAGCUCUUCAUUGUGACCAAAUUGCCACCCACAGCCAACGCACCCAGUGACGUUCUUCCCGUCAUUACGAAAUCGCUGGCCGAUCUGCAGCUGGACUAUGUGGACAUGUUUCUCAUUCACACGCCAUUCACCGUUGCCACCAAUCCAGAUGGCAGCAUCAAGAAGGACGCUCAAGGUCUAAUGGUCCCCGACUUAACGACCAAUCAUGGCGCCACCUGGGUGGAAAUGGAGAAGUUGGUAGCCAAUGGCAAGGUCAAGUCCAUUGGCGUCUCCAACUUUGAUGAGGAGCAGAUUGGUCGCUUGCUGAAGACCGCCAAGAUUCGUCCAGCCACCAAUCAGAUCGAACAUCACGUCUACCUACAACAACGUGAUCUGAUCAAUUAUUGCAAGGAGCAAGGCAUCGCUGUCACUGCUUACUCCCCACUGGGAUCCAGAGGCAUCGCCAAGUUCAAUGCCAGCUUUGGCAUGGUGCGUGAAUUGCCCGAUUUGAUUGAAAUCCCUGAGGUCAAGGAGAUUGCCGCUGCCCAUGGCAAGACACCAGCUCAAGUGCUUCUCCGUUGGAUCAUUGAUACUGGCAACAUUGCAAUUCCCAAGAGCACGAAUGCGGCACGUUUGAGGGAGAACCUCAAUGUGUUUGACUUCAAACUGACUGAGGCAGAGGUGGCCAAACUUUUGGCUCUGGAUCAAAACUUCCGUGUCUGUGAUUUCACUUUAUUCCAUGGCUGCGAGGUGCAUCCCGAGUUCAGAUUCAAGAACAUUUACAACAAAUAAGUUAUUAUAUAUAUUAAAAUAAAGAAGAACAACAUUUA